AUACGUAGUCCCAUUCGCUCACAUUCCACCUUCAUCCCAAGUCCCAAAUUCCUCCUCCCACCCACUACCUCAUCAUGCCUCUCCGCAUCGCACCCGCCGCGUCCAACGCAACCCAGACCUCAAAUACAGCCUCAGUCCCUCAUUUAAGCAAAGGUGCCCCAUCUGCCCCAGGCGUCCACGACACCCUCCGCGCCUCCCUCACAGCCGCACCAACGACACAACAGCGAGUCCCCGCUUCUACACACCCGCUCGAAGCUCGUCUGCUACAGUGGCGCCAAACACACGAUGCGAUGAAGAUGGAAUCGUUAAGAAGGGUGUAUGGCAUCGCGGAGCCGAUCAGGAGGGGCAUGGAAUUGAAGAUCGUGCAGGAAGGACAGUGGAAGCCAGCUGCAUUGGGAGGACGUAACGAGAGUAGUAUUCAUGCGGAUAUUUUGGCGCUGGGAGGUAGGGAGACGGAGGUUACGUGGGAGGAUGUCUUUGACGGUGACGAGCUUCGAGAACCUUCCUCCUUCCAUGACGAAAUGGAACACCGACUAAAGAUGAAUUGGUAAUACCUUUUUCAGUCAGCGACUAUUUAGCCAAGCUAUUAUAUGUACCGUCCUUUUCCCAUUUCCUUCCAUCCAACGGCUAUUUAUUUUUCUUUCACGCUUCCAGCUUUUAGAAAAUUAAAUUCUCAAAUAAAGCGAAUUGCUCUUGG